GAACGUCCGCCUGUCCCAAUGGUAACUUCCACUGUACCAAUGCUGGCUUCAGACCUCGCUACAUUCCCGCUUCCCGCGUGAAUGACGGCAUUUGCGAUUGCUGCGAUGCCACCGAUGAGUACAACAGCGGCAUUGUCUGCGACAACACCUGCAAAGAACAAGGACGCAAGGAGAAGGAAACCUUACAGCAGAUGGCGGAGGUCGCCAAAGAGGGAUUCCGAGUGAAACAGCAGCUCAUCGAAGAAGCAAAGAGAAGUCGAGAAGAUAAGCAGAAAAAGCUGGAAGAGCUGGCGAAGAGCAAGACCACUUGGGAAUCGCAGGUGGAGUUACUGAAAGCGGAGAAGGACGCUGCCGAGAAACCGGAGAAGGAAGCCAAGGACAAGCAUCACAAAAUGUGGGAAGAAAUCAAAGCUUUGCGGAACCUGGAGAAGGAGAAACUCAGGGCCGCCGAAGCCUUUCAGGAGUUGGACGACGAUCAAGACGGCACUGUGACCGUGGCCGAAAUCCAGACCCACGUCGAGCUGGACAGCGAUGCAGACGGUGCCGUGAGCGAACAGGAAGGAGAGACGCUGUUAGGAGGCGUCAGUCAAGUGGAUGUUACCAGUUUCCAGGAGACGGUGUGGGCAGGUAUUAAGGACAAAUAUAAAUUUGAGGUGUCGCCGGAGACCCCAGCCCCCCCCGACGUGCCGGCGGAGGAGAAGACGGAGAAUCGGCCCGAGUCCCGUCGCGAGGAGUGGAAGAAGAACGCCGGCGAUGAUCGCGAGGAGGAUGAGGAGGAGGACGACGAUGACGAUGACGACGAGGGCGAUGACGGCGACGACGAGGGUGGCGGGGCCGAGGAGGAGGACGACGAGGACGAGGAGGACAGCGAUGACGAAGGGGGCCGGGAACGCUACAAGGACCCCGAGGACAGAUAUCAGCCGCCCAAGAAAGAGGUGGUGGAUGAGCAAAUGCCACCAUACGAGGAGCAAACGCAGGAGCUAAUUGAUGCCGCCGAUCGAACUCGAAGUGCUUUCUCGGAAGCGGAGAAAUCGUUGAAAGACCUCGAGGAUUCGAUCAGGAGCAUCGAGAAGGAGCUCACCAUCGACUUUGGGCCCUACGGAGAGUUUGCCUACUUGUUCAGCCAGUGCUACGAGAUGAAUACGAACGAAUAUGUUUACAGACUCUGCCCCUUCAAUAAAGUAGUGCAGAGGCCGAAACACGGAGGUACCGAAACCAGCCUCGGUCAGUGGGGGUCGUGGAGCGGGCCGGAAGGCAGCAAGUUCAGCGCCAUGAGGUACGAGCACGGCACAGCCUGCUGGCAGGGCCCGAGCAGGUCCACUUUGGUUAAGCUGACGUGCGGCAAAGACACGGCGGUGCUGUCCACCUCCGAGCCCAGCCGCUGCGAGUACCUGAUGGAGUUCACCACCCCGGCCUUCUGCCAGGAGCCGAGCGAAGAGGACCACACGGACCACGACGAGCUUUGAGGCUCAGGUCGUGUAGAGAUGAAGAGGAGACCAACAUGGCAGAUGGCUGGUGGGUGCCACAGCACUGUUAAUUCAGCAGACACCUCACCUACCCCCCCCCCCCCCCCCUCCCCCAACACACGCUCAUCAUCUUGUUACUAAAGUGGACCCUUUCCCCUCUCUCUCCCCCCACCCCCCACAACAUGUGUCCGGAGUGCGCUCCGAAUCCAGCACAUCCUUAAACCCACUGACAACUCUUCACUGAAUCAACUCUUAAACAUUGAUUGUAGUGGCCUGAUUGCCUGCCAACUGUGACCAAAAUGUCCUUUACCCUUGCGCUGUCUCUCUCUCUCUGUUUUUCUCUCCCUCUUUCUCUCUCUCUCCCCCCU